CCAGGGUUUGGGAAAAGCUGGAGAAAGGAACUGUCGGCUGAGUUUGGAAAGCCCUACUUUAAAAGGCUGAUGAACUUUGUCUCUGAAGAGAGAAAACGCCACACUGUGUACCCUCCUGCUGAACAGGUCUUCAGCUGGACUCAGAUGUGUGACAUCCGAGAUGUCAAAGUGGUGAUUCUUGGCCAGGAUCCAUAUCAUGGUCCUAACCAAGCACAUGGAUUGUGCUUUAGUGUCAAAAGACCAGUGAGUCCUCCACCCAGUCUGAAGAACAUAUACAAAGAGCUGGUGUCGGACAUUAAAGGCUUUGAGCAUCCUGGACAUGGAGAUCUGACUGGCUGGUCCCAACAAGGUGUGCUGUUGCUCAACACUGUGUUGACCGUCCAAGCGCACCAGGCCAACUCCCACAAAGACCAAGGCUGGGAGACCUUCACUGACGCUGUGGUGCAAUGGCUCAGCAACAACCUGGAAGGCCUUGUCUUCAUGCUGUGGGGAUCAUAUGCUCAGAAGAAAGGAGCUGCUAUUAACAGGAAACGCCACCACGUCCUGAAGACUGUGCAUCCCUCUCCCUCGUCUGCUCACAAAGGAUUUUUUGGGUGCAGGCAUUUCUCAAAGGCUAACAAGCUGCUAAAGAAGUCUGGAAAGGCUCCAAUAAACUGGAGGGCACUUUAAGUUCAUGUUUUCCA